GACACGCUCGCACACGCUUGCGUGCUCCGAAAUCCCACACAUCGAUUCGAAAACUGUGCUUGUGCUGUGCUAGUGUGUGAUCUGUGCUGUGUUGUGCCAAGGAUUGUUGCUAUGUCACAUCAAGAGCAGAACCAUCUAUUAUGACUUAGGUUCAAAUCAAAUGGACGUAACGGUGCAGCGUACGAGUAGCGGAGUAUGAGAGAGAUUAUGCAUGGUCACAUGAUCUAAGCAUGUCGACAGCGAUUCUCUUAGGGGCCGGCGUUCUGGCGCUCGUCACGAGAACAGGGUGCACAGACAACGCGAAUGGCCUCGGCACAGACGGAGUCCCAGAGCUGGACUACACAGACAUGGAUUUGGGACUGGCCCACCGGGGGCCCCACUUCGACCUGGCGUAUUCCAAGAACGUGACGGCCCUGGUCGGAAAGACGGCGCAGCUGAACUGCAGGGUGCAUGACUUGGGGAAUAGAACAGUAUCAUGGAUACGGCAUAGAGACAUACACCUGCUUACUUCAGGGAGGAUGACUUACACCUCCGACCAGAGGUUCAUCAGCGUCCACAAUCCUCACACGGAGGACUGGAUUCUAAAAAUCCGGUUCCCGCAGCGACGGGACUCCGGCAUCUACGAGUGCCAGGUCGGGACCACACCACCUAUCGGCCACAAGAUGUACCUGUCAGUCGUCGAACCCCUGACGACGAUCCUGGGCGGUCCAGAGCUGUUCAUCAACACGGGGAGCACCAUCAACCUCACGUGUGUGGUGCAACACUCUCCUGAGCCGCCCCCGACUAUACGGUGGACUCAUAAUGAUGAGGAAAUCAACUACGACUCGCCCCGCGGGGGAGUGUCAGUCAUCACUGAGAAGGGGGAAACGACCACGUCUCAUCUACUGGUGCAGAAGGCCAAGUCUCCGGACUCUGGGCGGUACACUUGCGCUCCAGCCAACGCGAACCCUCGCUCGGUGCAGGUCCACGUUUUGAGUGGUGAGCAUCCAGCAGCGAUGCAGCAUGGCGGCCAGCUCCGUCUCCAAUAUCCUCUCUCAGCCGCUCUACUGAGCGUCAUCGUAGCCCUAAUGGGGUGCUAGUAUAUCAGAACGUGGAUCUCUAUUUUAUAUUGCCCUAGACACAAGUAGCUUGUGAACUUAUAAUAGAGUAAGAUGGCAAACAUUGACCCAUUGGGGUCGAAUUAAAAUCAAAAAGAAGACGUAUUUUAAAAGCAUUAAAAUUCCAACCCAAAAAAACGCCACGUAGGUCGUCCACAAGGACAGGUGACCUCAUAAAGGUAGCAGGCAGGCGCUGGAUGCAGGCCGCUACCAACCGGCUGAUUUGAAAAUCAUUGGGGGAGGCCUAUGUUCAGCAAUGGACGUCCUAUGGCUGAACACAUUGAACAUAGCCCGUUCAGCAAUGAAUUUCCUGUGGCUGAAUCCAGUCCAGAACGAAUACAAAUCUGCACUUAUCGUAUAAACUUUCGUAUUUGUGUGAUUUUGUUUGCGAAUCUGCAUUCUAAUUCCUUGUAAAUACCUACGUCUGAAGCUAGAAUAAACAUGCAAACAGCGAGUCGACACACGAAUUGAGAAUCUAUGUUUACGAUAGCUUUCCGCAGUAAGUUACGUAACAAAAAGUCAACAGGUCUUAUUUUUAGUUUGGGAAAAUGUAUAGGAAACUAAAUAAAAAUUAACACCCUUGUUCACAAACAUUCUAUGAGGUCUCACAGUGCGCGUGGACGCCCCUGUGCGUCCACGCGCACGAAUCAAUCACAGAGCUCUAUUCAACACUGUGCGUUCGAUUUUCUGCUUCACUUAUUAUUUUGUGAAUACGGGCGUAAAAUAAAUAUCAAAUAGGCACACGACACACAAUGAUUUUGAUUUAGAAAAAUAACACGUUUUCAUUGAGAUUUGGUGUCGAAAUUGUUAUAAAAUUUCCUUUCUAAUAAUGGAGGAAAAUCAGCACAAUUAUAUUUAUAAAUACUUCGAUAUCGAUUUGCCAACAGGGAAUGUAUCGAAUAUUCGGUUUCUUUCAAUCGAAAGGAUCAAUAAUAAUAUUUUCAGUUGUAUUGAUGAUAUUGUAAAUAAAAGUUACUAUCAAUAGACUCAUGUAAAAGUUAAUAAUCUAAAGUAUAGACUGUCGAUUUUUCUGAAACUUUGAUCUGCAACGUCUGUGAUCUAAUUAGAUUAUAGAUCGUUUCAUCCACGAAGACGCGCCCCACCAUUCUUCCACUAAUAUUCGAGUGUUAUCGGUACACGCUAAAUUAUCCAUGAGUGCACACGCACACUACAAUAAUGACGCUCGGAUUGCUCGGAUCAAACUCUCCGCACCCCGCGCUUCCCUCGACCAAAAAUUGGUGGGGCACGUCUUCGUGGAUGAAACGAUCUGUAGUAAAUAUUUUCCAAUUCAAUGUAACUUACAUUAAUUCGCACCUGAGGCAAUAGAUUUCUUCAAGUUUUAAAAAAAAUACUUUAUAGUGACUGAACACGGACGCUGAAAAAUGUAGAGCCAUUUAUAAAAAACUCACACAUACAACCACUUUCGUUUUCAUAAUGUUAGUGUGGGAAUAUGUCCCCAAUAAUAUGUGGGACUAUGUAAUAUCACAGUUCGAGGGUUCCAUCGAGAGCUUACUGUAACCCAAAUCCCAUAAAUAAUUUAUUAGAUACUGAAGGAAGUGAUUUUCCACCAAAAGAAUCGAAAGGGGACAAGUUUGUGAUAUUUUUUCGGAUGUGCGAAUAAAGGGUCAUGAUUUCUUGAUUGGUUGUUAUAGAUAUACAGGGUGGAAUUUUGUAAUGCCACCUCAAGGGAAAGUACUCUUAAUACUGUAGAUGGAAAAUGUUACUCAAAGAAAACAUUCCUUUAUUUUUGAAAAGAAAUAGAACUGCAUUCAACGAUUUACAAAAAUUUGCUUGCUACACUCGGGAAUCGAACCAACUAAAAUCUGUUAAAAAUUACACCCUGUAUUUUUAUUGCAUCGAUCGUUAGUGUUAAGUAUAAGGAUGAAAUCUCUCAAACAAACUUGAUAAAUCAAAUGAAAGGAAAACCAUGAAAUCUUAAAUUAUUGUAAUUAUUUACUGAAAAUUGUAUGGUAUGGUAGUAAAUUUUUGAAAAAAAUCGAAAAUCUUUGAAUGCAGUUGUCUUUCUUUUCAAAAAUAAAGGAAUGUUUUCUUUAAGUAAAAUUUUCUAUCUACAGUAUUAAGGGUACUUUCCCUCCAGGUGGCAUUACAAAAUUCCACCCUGUAUAGAUUAACAUUUGUAAUUUUCAGACAAAUCAGUAUUUUUAAUUAUUGUUUCAGUAUAGCUGAAACCAUGAUAACUAGACAAUUUUAGAUUUCAGCAUCUUCAUCUACAACGGCGACAUUAGUAUGUUUCAUAUUUAAAUAGAAAGACACGGGUCUUAACGCCACAUUUAUUAAUGAGUUGCAUUAUGUACUCACGGCUUGACGUUUCGGCUGCGAUGCUGCAGCCGUGGUCAUAAGUAGACUGGCGGCUCGCGGCGUCGUCCGUUCGGGCGGGCUUGAAAAAUGUCGCGUUAAGACCCGUGUCUUUGCAUUUAGGUAGGUAUGUCGAAAUGGAACGCAAAAGUUUAAAAUCUUAUGUUUCAUAUUUGGUUAAAUAGUACCAUGAUAAAUCACAGGUAACAGUGUUCCUUUAAAAUCGACAGUCUAGAAAAGAGGUUUGAAAGGACAAAACUUUGAAUUUCCUUCGAGAGAAGAGCUUUCAUACUUUAUCUGUUAUUUUAAAUGAUAGUUGAUCAUUGCUAGACAAAUUAUUUAUAAGUUGCUGUAAGAAGACGGCUUUUAUUUACAAAAGUACUGAGUAUUUUUGGACAGACACGACGCAUCAUUAGUUAUUGAUCUUUUAGUAAAUGGCAGGUUUAUAAUGGAAACUACCAAAUUUCUUAUACCAUGAUGCCAUCUAUAUCUAUAUCUAUAUAUAUAUAACUCAAAGGUGACUGACUGAGUGACUGACAUAGUGAUCUAUCAACGCACAGCCCAAACCACUGGACGGAUCAGGCUGAAAUUUGGUAUGCAGGUCGAUGUUAUGACGUAGGCAUCCGCUAAGAAAGGAUUUUACGAAACUCCACCCCUAAUGAGGUAAAACGGGAUCCAAGCGUACGAAGUCGCGGGCGGCCGUUAGUUCAAAAUAAAGAUAUGGACGAAAGCAUAUGAUGAUAAAUAUAAUUGCACCUUAGGUAGUUGAUAUUAGGUGCGAUUUUCCUACAGAAGGUAGAGUCGGAUGUGCUGUCAAAUGUAUAGUCAGCGUCAAAUAAUUCGCGACACCCAAAGCACUUUGGCUACUUUGGGUGUCAUAAACUAUUUCACGCUCACUGUACAAUUGUACAUCAGUAAAUUAACUAACUUUUGUUUAAAAUUUCAGUAACAGUUAAACAAAUAAUUUUGAAACGCAUUUCGGUUGGUAUUGACUCUAAACUUAACUUUGUCCCUAAAAUUCAAUGUAACAAUGUAAAUAAUAAGUUAUAACAUUGUUUCGUAUAACAAUUAAAAUUUAAACCUAGAUUAAGCUAGUUAUACUACUUGAAACAUAAAGUUAUUACUUACAAAGUUUAAUGUAAUAGAUUUAAAUGUAAUUAUAGAACUAAUUAAGGAAUAGAAAUAAGAUGUAUUAUUGUAAACAAAUAAAAUUAAUUGUUUCGAAUAAUUUUUAAAAUAAUUGGAUACGGUUGUGU